AUGCUACGAGCGGCCUUGCAUCUUAGAGGCGCAGUCGAGGGAUAUUCAACAAAUGGGUGGAAGGAGAUUGUGCCGGAGACGAGCUCUCCCGAGGAGUGGGUCAUCCUCGAGAAGAUCAAGUCUUUCUUGGAGAAGCUUAAAAUGACGACAAAGGCCCUUGAGUCAUCGUUUGCAACUCUUGACAAUGUUCUCUUGGCUAUGGACUUCGUAUUGGCGCAAUUUGAAGCAGGAAAAGAGGCACAUAUCGACGAUCCGAUUAUGGCACCAAUGUAUAACUCGGGCUGGGCGAAGAUGGAUAAGUACUAUUGUCUUACUGACGAAUCGCCUGCCUACGUCGCUGCGAUUGUGCUUCACCCUUCGCAUAAAUGGCACUACAUACACGAAAACUGGAAGAAGGAGUGGGCUGACUCGUCAAAGAAGCUGAUGGAGACACUGUGGGAUGAUUAUAAACCUGUGGAGCCGCCUUCUCUAUCUGAGGUUCCGUUGACGACCACGAACGAGUUCUUGAAUUGGAGAAACAAGCACCUACAACCAGCACUUAUCACAGACGAGUACGAGCGAUAUUGUAAGUCUGAACGGGUUUAUGGGUUCACAAGCGCCCUCGCAUGGUGGCUGGAGGAAACACAGCAAAAGAACUACCCAUACCUGAGCAAAAUGGCGGUGGAUAUACUGUCAAUUCCGCAAUGUCUGCUGAGCCCGAAAGACUCUUCUCUGGGGCAAAAAUAA